AUGUCAUCGCAAGUGAAGGUGCCUGACUUGAAUCCGACAACCUGGGCGUCGGACCUGUUGUCGGACCUAUGCACAAAGCAAGACCGCGCGGUCAUCUUAUGCGGCAUGUGGGCGCUGUGGAUGAUGCGUAAUAAACGGAGCCAUGGCGAACUCUCUAUGCCUAUUCAUCAGGCAGUGAUUUGGGCCAGGGAUACGGCCUUUGAUCUUUGGCAGUUGAACCACAAAGAUGAAGUCGUGGAGAGAGCAGCCAAGAGAUGGAAGAAGCCGCUACAGGGGUAUCUGAAAAUUAACACGGAUGCCGCCUUCUAUGAUGAAAGCAAACAAGGGGCAACUUCCUGUGUCAUCAGGGACCAUAGCGGCGCCUUUUAUGCAACACAAGCAAAGUGGUAUGAUAAAGGCUUUGAUGCAUGUUCCAUGGAAGCUUUGGCCUGCAAGGAUAGCUUGAUUUUUGCCAGCCAAUUAGGAGUGCAAAACGUGGCAGUGGAGACUGAUUGCCUACAACUGGUGCAACUGUGGAACAAGAGAGACUCUCAGCGAUCGAUUAUUGAUUCAAACGUUGAAGGAGGUUGCUGA